CUGAAGGUUGUAUCUGAGGUGUUGAAUAACUAAUAAUAGAGUGGGUAGCUGAACCUAGAGAUGGAACGACUAGAUAUGACUUGGAACAAGUCCCUUGAAACUUAACAAAGCUGCCUGAUGGGCUAUCUUUUUUAUUUUUACCUGGUUGGUUAGCACAAGGAUAUAAAGAUGCCGGACGCAGAUGGAAUCGAGCGAGGCCCGGCUGCUACGCCGGAAGACUUCGUCAAAGCCAUUGAGAAAAGGGAGUUGCCACGGCUGCAAGUGUCGAAGGUUGGCAUGUUCUGGUUUGAAGGGGAAAGGGUGUCUAAAUGGCUAGAGUUGUUGGAACAGGUUACAGGCGAGGCAUCGGAUGAAGACAAGUUCAAGUUACUACCCAGACAUAUCUGGUGGGAAAUCCGGCCCGAGAUAAUGAAGGUGGCUGCUGGAGCAGGGGGAGAUUGGGCCAAGUUCAAAGGGGAGAUGCAAAGGCGUUUCAAGCUGGGGGAUGGUCUGCUAACAAAGGCAGACCUAGAAAUGUUGCAGCGCGAUGAGUUUACUACCGUGGGGGCUUUCGCAACAACAUUUGAAAAGAUGGCGCGAAAGGUUCCAGGGAUGGCAGAGGAAAAGCAGUGUGCAACCUUCCUGGGGCACUUCACAAAUUGGGAGGCAUCUGCGCUGACCAAGAAGGGUGUGUCGGGGAAGAAGUUAACUUGGGAUGCCAUAAAAGAAAGCGUGAUAGACGGGGAGUUGGACCAGGUUGACAUCUUCCAGAUGCGGCAAGCCAGGAAGAAAAGAAAGGCUUUGGAUGCCACGACGAGCGACGGGCGAGACUUCAAGAAGAUGGUAGAGGAUGCGGUAGCCCAACUCGAUGCGGCGAAGGAGGCAAAGGCAACGAGAAAGGCUAUGGCGGCACCACAGGCCCAAGGAAAAGCUAAAAAGGCGUUGGUGCAAGAGGAGAAAGAAGAAGAGGAAGAGGAGCCUGAACCUCUAAAGCUAACAAAAGCUCAGAGGAAGGCAAAAAAUCUGACUCAAGGGGGGCAAGGCUCAGGAAAGGGUCAGGUCCCGCAAGCAACAGCGCUACCACCCCCUGAGUCGCAUGGAGGAGGAAAUGGGGACUGGAAUGCGUCAGGAAGUCAGGGUAGUCAAGAGGGUGGACGAGGCUUUGGUAGAGGAAGGAUAGACUGGAGGAAUGCCAUUUGCUGGCAUUGUGGGCAGAAAGGACACACCAUCAAAUUCUGCCAUGUCCGCAGGAAUGACGAAGAUGAAGGAUUAAUCAGUACCAAUUAUGAUGGGGAUAUGUAUGACAAAUUUGGAUACUACAUUCACCCAAAGACCCCUGGCGGAACGAGGAAGGAAGCCCUACGACGAGCCGAGGCAGACAUGCCACCCGCUUCUCCGACUAUGUUCCGGAUUUGGCAAGAGAAGGAGGUCCGAUGUGACAUAAGGGUGGAAGAAGUAGGAGAGAACGAGGAGGUGGAGCAGGGAAGGAACGCCGACACCAUCGAAGAAGAGUCGAUCGUAAUAGAGUCUGAUGAUGAGAUAAAGGAAGGUUGUUGGAACGAAUCACGAAAAACAAGGAUAGGGGAAGAUUGUUGGAAGGAGGCCCGACAAACGAUGGAAAAAAUGGUGGACUCAGUAGCUAAAGUCAGGAUAUACCAGCAAAAACUGGCCGAUAUGUGUGAAGAGGUCAAGGAGUGGAGAGGUAAGGAGCCACUGGUGUACCUCUACGAUAUGGGUCCAGGGUCGCAAGGUGGGUCUGGAAAUUUACCAGGCGUUACGAUUUCAGGGUCGACGCCUCGGUCCAGCAUGGCUUAUAGGCCACCCUCCAGAUCGGGGAGGGUACCGCAUGCUGUCAGGACAAGGGCCAAAGGGCCGGUGAGCCCCGAGGAGCCGGCAAAGAAUGUUACCGAGCCUAGUGGGGAGAAAGAGGUUGUAGAUGUUCCAGGGGAAGAGGAGGAUAAGGACGACAGGUUGAGAAAAGAAGAGGACGAGAAGGCUGAGCAAAGGGCCAAAAAGAGAGGCGCCAAACCUGAUACGGACAAGUCCUCAGAAGGAAAGAAAAAGAAGUACGUUGUUCGAGUAGAGGAAGGAUUUGAUGUAGAGGAGAUAAUGGACAGGAUCCUUGAGGGUCAUAAUCAUCUUAUGAACCUAAAGGACGUCCUGGCUUUGGCGCCAAGGCUCAGGGAUGAGCUGAAGGCGCGGUUAUCUAGAAAAAUGGUGGCUAGUGUGCGAUUAGGGACCAUAAUCCCUAAAGAAGCGGAAUGGGCUGAGACUGGAACAAAGAUGGAUUGGAAGUCUGUCGCAUGUGGGUGCCUUGAUGUAGUGAUAAAAGGAAAGACUUGCACGACGAUGGUGGAUACUGGCGCAAAAAUGAACCUCAUAAAGGAGGAGCAUGCUUUGCGCUUAGGGAUGGAGAUAGAUCGCUCCGACAACGGGGUCUUGAUGGGGGCAAAUAGUCAGUCAGUAUUCAUAGGGACCGCAUCGGCAGUGAUCUUGGAAAUUGGGAAAGUGAAAGUAAGGAGUUGCUUUUUCGUAAUGCCUGAUCUUGAUCACCCCAUUCUACUGGGUAGAUCGUUCCUGAGUCGAACAGAGACUGUCAUACUUAACAAGCAUGACGGGACUAUGUUCCUCGUUUUGUACGAUCCGGUGUAUGACAAUUAUGAGGUUGUCACUUGCAAGAAUACAAGACCUAGUAGUGUAAGGAAUCGGCCCAACCCUGGUUCUUUCACAAUUGAAGAAUCAGAAGAGGAAAGAUUGAGGAUUGGAGGCAGUAAGUUUGAAGAAGAAAGAGAGCCAGAAACAUUGACCCUUAGCUUGGCGAGUAUAGGUGAUGCUAUGGACAUAGUGUCGACCUAUGGGAUGGCGGACCCAGAGGCUAUGGAAGCCUUGAGGGAGAAGGUGGUGGAACAAAUGGGAGAAGGAGAAAUGGAAUUGGCGAUGGUGGGGCUGUCAGAUGAGGUAAAGCUCCAGCGAAUUCUGAAGUACGUGCUUCAUGGGCAUCAUCAGGAAGUGGGAAAGGUUGUGGAUGCCGCCAAUGGUAGUUGGGCCAGGUUCAAGGAUGGGAUGCAGAGGAAGUACAGGCCGGGUGAUGGCCUGUUAACCACUGCAGACCUUGAGGCAAUGAACAGGGACGACUUCACCACUGUGGGAGCUUUCGUGCAGGAGUUUAAAAAGAAGGCGAGGAAGGUCCCUGGGAUAUCUGAGGAGGCGCAGUGUGCUAUUUUCCUAGGAUUACUCACUGCGUCGGAAGCAUCAGAGCCGACGAGCCAUGGAGGAGGGAGUGCGAAGCUCACAUGGACCACUAUCGACAAAGGGAUUGAGGAGGGAAGUCUGGACCAAGUGGAGCAGCACCACAUGCGCUUGCAAAGGCGAAAAAGGAAAGAACGAGAUGCGAUCGCUUCAGGGACCCCAGGGGUAAAGAGGAUAGUCACCGACGUGCUUGCGGAGUUGGGAUAUGGAAAAGACGUGGUGAUUCAAAAGAAAGUGGUGACAGCAGUCCAAGGCAAAGGGAAAGUUUCAAUGGUAGAGGAAGACCUCCAAGAGGAGUGGGAAGAAGAAGAGUCGGUGCCUCAACAUCUCUCGAAGGCGUUAUGCAAGCAGCGCAAUUUAGCCCGGGGGGGCAAGGCUCAGGAAAGGGGCAGGCGCCCCAAACAGUGGUAAUCGCACCGCCCAGUGCAUCGGCUCCGUCAAGUAGUGCGGGACCCUCGCAAGCGGCGGUACCACCAUUCGGGCAGUGGCCAUAACCUAUGUAAAACACUUUUGUACCAUGGGGAAGUCCAGCUCCGUCUGGGCAAAUGGUACCAUACGCUGGACCUCAAGCAAGUAUGCCGCCUCCAAGUUAUCCCGCCGCUCAGGCCCAACCCAUGGCACCGCCUCCGUCGCCCGCACCUAGUUCACAAAGAAGUGUGGCUGGUGGAGGUAAUCAAGGUCAGGGUAAUCA